UACCUAAGGGAGGGGUGGGAGCGUGAGACGCUGGGGAAAGGGAUCCUGCAGAUGAAACAGACUCCUCUAGACUAGGAAGGGACCCACUGGGGGUGCGGUAGGGAAGGUAUGGCUAGGACAGCAAUGGGAAUAGAGCUCCUCUGUCAAUGCCCCUCCCAAAGGUUAUGACAUUUUUCUCUGGGAUUGUCACAUUUUUAAAUUCUUUUUUUGGACUGGGCAGACUCCAGGACGUUCUUUUUCCUUCUGUGGAGCAGAACAGCAGCCACUCUCCAGGGAGCCUCUGUCCCCAGAGAUCAGACUUGCUCUGUCUGGCCUCUCCCAGCCUGAGGACCGUGCAGGGCUGGGGAGUGAGAGGAGCCCCCCAAUAAGUGGUUCAGACCCUGUGCGUUCCCCCUCCGAAAGGAGGACACGCGUGGCCCCACUCCCCUGAGAAGGUGCAGUGACCCAGGUCCAGGGCCUACAGCUGGAAGGAAGGCCCCCAACACCAGGGCCCCGCACCUCACAGAAGACCACACCAUCUCUGUCUCUGGUGCAGAAUGGGUUGGAGAUGGAGGCUCUAAAGGACAGUGGGGGGGGGGGUAUGGAGGAGGAAGAACAGGCUCUGGAUGCUCCACCAGACCUCAGGCUGCCACACCCCUUCCCUUCCCUAGAAAUUUGACCCCCAGAAGGAGACCCAGCUGCAGUUACUUGUGUGUCCCCAGCUGCUUGCCUGGAACCCAGGAUCUUAGAGGAAGCUGGGCAGGUGGUGAAGGGCUGAGGCCCCCAAUAGGUUCCGCACGUAUGCAGAUCUCAGCAUCAUCCCUUCUUACCACCAGUCAGUUCUCCAGGAAGGGUGGAAACAGGAUUAGAAGGCCAUGAGCUGGGGGAGGGGCAGCAGGAAGAUCAAGCCCUCUGCUGCUGAGAGGCAAAAAUGGAGGACUUCAGAGAGGGCUUCACCUGGACAGAGGUGGCACAGGUUGGGGGGACAUUCAAAACUGCCUCCAGGCACUGACUGGCCACCUUGCUCCAACACCCACCCGUGGUUUUGUUUUUGUUUGGUUGCUUUUGUUUUUGAGACAGGGUCUUGCGAUGUAGUUGGCCUGUAACUCAAUGAAGCUCAGGUUGGCUCCUGCCUUAGCCUCCAGUGCUGGAGUUACAGGCCUCAGCCACCACACCCGGCUUUUUGUUUUGUUUGUUUUUGUCCAAUGCCCUUGGGAUUUGUGGGCUUUGCAGGUUGACGUUUUUUUGCUCCCUGAGAACCCUGCUGUGAAGGUAUGGCCCAAACUGUUUGGGAAGGAUGAACCACUUGCCCCAUCCUUCUGAGCCCACCAUGCUGCCCCUUUCCUUAGCUAGCAGGCCUCAGGGUUUCACCAGCCUGAAGGCCUUGAGCAGGGAGAGAGAGAAGCUAGGGUAGGCAUGAGAGGUGUAAGAGCAGCCAAGGAACACAAAAACUUUGUUCCCCAGCACAGAUCCCUCUCCAGUGCACACCCCUCUCCCUGCAAGGAGGAAGUCCUCUCCCAGAUCAAGUCCUUGCUGUUGGCCUAGCCUACCAUUCCUGCCAAGUGCGGGGAGGGUAGUAGGUGAGAGUCCUCUGGGCUCCUCAUGGGGAGCAACUCAACCUACCCCAGACUGGACCCAUAGAGGUCUUAAUGUUUGAACCCCCAGCCACUAGCUUAGGAGGGGCUGAGCACUGAAAACCAAGAAAGAGGAACCCAGACUUCCGGCUUCCCUGGCACUGAGCAGAUGGGGGUGUCCUUUAGGGGCCUCAUUUGGGGCCCAGCCUGAAAAGAGGGGCCAGAAGCUAACACAGCACACUCUGUAAUGACCACUACCCCCCAACCAUGCCCCACACAGCCAGGGUUGGCGGCAGAGAGCCCAUUAGCCAGGCUCAAGCUGGGAGGUAGAGGCAGGUCCUCUUAGGACGCCUCCCAGAGGCAGGCAGGGUGGGGGUCACAGAUGCUCAGUCAGAACCUCGGCUCCUCUCCCCAGACCUCCAAGCUGUGGUGAGGGUCCUGGAGCUGGCACCACAGAGCCUGGGAAGCCCCCUGCACCCACCCAUGCCCACCCCAAAUGAGUCUGAGAAGCAGCACACAGGGCCAGAAGAGGCGGACAGGCCCCCCUCAAUGUCCAGCCAUGACACAGCCCCCCGGGUGGCCCCCAGCCGCAACCCCUGCUGCUUGUGCUGGUGCUGCUGUUGCAGCUGCUCUUGUCCCAUGUCUGGGCCUGGUGGUGCCCAGGACAUCCACACCUUCAUCUGCUGCCAGGAAUCAAGAGCGGCAACGAGCAUGGAGGGCGUCCCGUGAGAGCAAGCUGCAGCCCCUCUCCAGCUGCGAAGCCUGCAGUGCCCCACCAAGCCCUGAGGAGGUGCAGAGCUGGGCGCAGUCCUUUGACAAGCUGAUGCACAGCCCCGCGGGCCGAAGCGUGUUCCGGGCAUUCCUGCGCACAGAGUACAGUGAGGAGAAUAUGCUUUUCUGGCUAGCCUGUGAGGAGCUGAAGGCAGAAGCCAACCAGCAUGUGGUAGAUGAGAAGGCACGACUCAUCUAUGAGGACUAUGUGUCCAUCCUCUCGCCCAAAGAGGUGAGCCUGGACUCCCGAGUACGGGAGGGCAUCAACAGGAAGAUGCAGGAGCCAUCUGCACACACGUUUGAUGAUGCACAGAUGCAAAUCUACACUCUUAUGCACCGGGACUCCUACCCUCGCUUCCUCAGCUCCCCCACCUACCGUGCUCUGCUGCUCCCAGAGCCCCCACAGCCCUCCUCUGAGGCCUAGCCCACUGCCAUGGCACAGAUACUCCACUUGCUUAUUGGCAGAGUCCAGGCUCACGGCCAUGGCUCCACCUGGCUGGAUGAGGGUCCCAAACCCUGGAAGCAGACCCAGUCCCAGUGUGAAGUGCCACACCCCCUGGCUCCAUCUUCCCUGGUCCAACAGGAGCUCCAGCCACAGGGCCUGAAGCUGUAAGCCUAGCACUCCCGACAGCCCCAGGAUGUACCUUGGGCCCACAGCCUGAUAAGGCCUUCUCCAGGCAGCCAUGCACCCAGGACAUGCCUCUGGGGGAGAACAGAGCCUGUACACCAUCUGCUUUGUAGCAGGACACACUUCUACUUGAGCUGUCUGCACCCCAGAACCAGACCUAGAACCUCAGAACCAGAUGUGGAACCUCAGAACCAGGCUUAAGUGACAGGACCUGAUUAUAUUUUACAUGUUCAUGAACUUUAAACCUGGAAACAUAUCCUUGCUGUAUGUUUUAUCAGAAAAAAGAGAAAAAAAAGAAAAAAUACUUUUUCCAUUUCUCUGCCCCCUAAAAACAGGAUCUUAUCC